AUGUCCAUGGUUGAAGUAUACGACCCAAUCAGAGGAGACGAAGAGCAUGUUCUCCAGCUACCCGGAGGGAGGCAGAUAGCCUACGCCCACAACGGCCCCCCAACAUCACGCACGGUCAUCCUCUUCUUCGUCGGUAUCAUGGGCGUUGGGACCGCGGCGAAUGUUCCUGAGCCGUGCCGUGAGAUCCAGGCUCAUUGGGUCGCUCCCACGCUUCCAGGCAUGGGAAGGUCGAGCACUCGCGACUGCUCGGUGCCGUACUACGUCAAUUUGGUAAAUGAUAUCAAUGCGCUGCUCAAUCACCUUUACCCCACAGGGGGGUUUGAUGCCCUCUAUGUCUCGGGAGGCUCAUAUGGUACGGUGCCAGCCCAAAUGCUCUACGGCGCCCCGUAUGAUCUCUUUCCCCCUGGUCGAAAGAUUGUUGGCAUGCUGUUGCUCAACGGCUUCUCUCCACUGAGGCACCACUCCGGUUAUGCGAAGCACCUUAGUUGGAACAACUGGGCAUCGAUUGGACCGCCCACAAGGAUUGUACCAUUUCGCCUACUGCAGCGUUUGUUCAAGUGUGCAGUUGGAUCCAAAUUGCAAUCCGUCGAGGGCGCAACGCAGUUCCUCAAGGCAACAGUGUUCGAUAAUAUGGACGAUGAAGAGAGGCGAAUCUUCCAAGAUUGGCUACAAAAGAAAAGUUUCGACGAGCAUACAGUCAUCGAGAAGAUGGCACGAAGCACAGUCCGUUGCUGCCAGAACUGGGACGGUUUCAUGGAGGUGUCGGAUACGAUUCAUUCUGACUGGGGAUUCGAUCCCCGUACCCUUGAUAAGGAGCAUUCUGCAAAGCCUGUCUUGAUUGUUGGAUCGGAGAAUGAUCAUAUUGGAGGCAGCACUAAUGACUGGCUUGUGGCCAGCUAUCAGUCUGCUAGAGAUCUCAAAUUGUUGCCUGGAGGUCACAUAUCCUCCUUGUUCUUCAUGGAUGACUUGUGGAGGGACAUGAUAGAGGCUUCCCGGAGUGCAUAG